AAGUUUCGUUUUCCAGAGUAUCAGCUGUUGAGCGAAAAUAAAUAGAGAGGCUGUCUGCAGAGCAACAGUCAGAAACAUCGUUUCACCUCAGCGCUUCACCUCAUCUACCAGAAGCUCUUCAAAUACCCGACCAUCCAGCACCAUGAGCAGAUCCACGGACUGGACUCCUUCCCUAUGGCUGGAGACCUUUGAUGAGUUGCUGUAUGAUGACAACGAGCUGGACUAUGGAGACCCGUGGUCUCUCAACUUUAGCUACAGUCAGACAGACACAGUCACCAAGGAGGAGAGGAAGAAAGGCUGGAAGAUCUAUAGCCACUGUGCCUAUGGAAACUUCCAAUGCGCAUCCUGCUCCAAGACCUGGCCCUCAGCACGGGUGGUGGUGUUGUUCCGUUACCGGCUGCUGAGGGGCCGGGGGACAGUGAUCAUGAGGCCCUUUGGCCAGGCCUGCCGCCGUUGCCAAGACGAUGAGUUUGAUCUCCCUGGUUUUGCCAAGAAAGAGGUGGAGCAGGCUUUGCUCAGGCUGUUUUCCAAAAUCCGGAAGAAUUGCUACGGGGAGGAGGACGAUGACGAUGAUGGUGGCUCAUCAGCCUGCUCUACCAAAGUGUGGACCAAACCCCAUGAGAAGUCCCUGUGUGAAGCCUGCAUCAUGGGCAUUUGCUGUCAGGAUGAUGACUAGAAGUCUGCGUGUGUCUGUGUGUGUGUGUGUGUGUGUGUGUGUGUGUGAGAGAGAGAGAGAGAGAGUGGCUCAGUGUGUGUGAGAGGUGCAGCGAUCGACAAUCUGACUGGUUGUGUGCUGGUUCCCUGAGAAGUUGUCUAGUUAUGUAAUUAUAUAGGUUAAUUGUGAGUUGUGACAGUGAUGCACCAUCCGGACCAAUAUUAAGGGUUUAUACAGAAAAUAUAUCAGUUUGUAUUUUUUUUAUUUUGUGGUUGUUAAUAAAGUGUAAAACCUGA